AAGCGAAGUGGCAAUGUGGGUCAAGAAUUAACCCGCAGGGAUGCCAGGAUAACAGCUCCUGAGACAUGUCUCUAAAUUACAUCAAAAACGUCUAUGAAGGAUGUGUGAAGCCUCCAACCGUGAUCGGUCAAUUCCACACCCUUUUCUUUGGAUCAAUAAGAAUGUUCUUCCUUGGGGUGUUAGGUUUUGCAGUCUAUGGGAAUGAGGCUUUGCACUUCAGUUGUGAUCCAGACAAAAGAGAAAUAAAUCUCUUCUGUUACAAUCAGUUUAGGCCAAUCACUCCACAAGUGUUCUGGGCCUUACAACUAGUGAUUGUCCUGGUUCCUGGAGCUAUUUUCCAUCUUUAUGCUGCAUGUAAAAGCAUCAAUCAAGAAUGCAUUCUUCAAAAGCCUAUCUACACUGUGAUUUAUAUCCUCUCUGUUUUAUUAAGAAUUAGUCUAGAGGUGAUAGCAUUUUGGCUUCAGAUUCACCUCUUUGGUUUCCAAGUUAAACCCCUCUACCUGUGUGAUGCUGGAUCUCUCGGGAAAAAAUUUACUGUUAUAAAAUGCAUGGUGCCAGAACACUUUGAGAAGACCAUUUUUCUCAUUGCGAUGUAUACAUUUACUGUGAUUACAGUAAUAUUAUGUGUUGCUGAAGUUUUUGAGAUCAUAUUUAGAAGAUUUUGCUUUCUAAUCAGGCAAUGA